AUGAGCACCAACUCGCUCAAGUCGCUCAUGGCCGCAAAGCGCCAACAAGCCGCCCGCAUCUCGGCCCCCUUUGCCCGCUACUCCAACUCGGGCCAGCUCUCGUGCUCGCUCUGCCACCUCGCCAUAAAACACGACUCGCUGUGGUCGGCCCACGUACAGUCAAAGACCCACCGCGUCAAGGUCCAGCAGCACAACGCCGAACAAGAACGCCUACAGCAACAGUCGCAGAAGCGCAAACGCUCAGACGACACCGCUGCCUCCUCCUCCAAGCGCUCCCGCCCCGCAGGCGACUCGCCCAACGACGACGACGACAACGGCGCCGACGCUCCUCCUCCUCCUCCCGACAACAACGCCCUCCCGACCGACUUCUUCGCCGACCCAUCCCAAGCCCCGGCACCUCGAGCACCCUCCCCCUCGACCUCGACCUCUGCCGCCCGCGCCGCGCCAGCCGACGACGCCGACCCAGACCUCGACGACUUUCUCGCCUCGCUCGGCGCACCCGACGACGCCGCCGCUUCGUCCUCCACAACUGGGGGCGCCCCGACGACGGCGCGCGCGACGAUCGCGGCCGCGCCCGUGCGCUUCGAGUUUGGCGCGCCCGUCGUCGCUGCCGAGGGCGAGGAGGACGAGGAGGCGGCAGGUGCGGGCGACGACGACGACGAGCCCAAAGAGACGGACGACGAGCGCGUCGAGAGAGAGGCGAGGGAGGAGCGCGAGGAGCUCAUGGCGCGCCUCGAGGAGGAGGAGCGGGAACAGCGCGAGGCCGACGACAAGGUGACGGCACUCAAGCGGCGGCUCGAGGCGAUGCGGGCCAAGCGGCAGGGGAGGAAGGGCGGCGCCGGGGCAGGCGAGGCGUGA